AUGGGAAAUACCGAGGUGAGACCGGAAAACAGAAAUCAGUUAGAAGGUUUAAUGAAUGAUGUUGGCCAAACCCAGAAUCAAUUGGAAGCAAACAUCAGGAGAGAACCUUUGGUUCACCCAAGAAAACAGAUCAAGGUCGGAUGCUGGAAUGUUAGAACAAUGUAUGCAUCUGGAAAGACAUACCAGGUAGUAAAUGAAAUGAACAACUAUGGAAUUGAUGUAUUGGGUAUUAGUGAAUGUCGUUGGACCGGAACAGGAAAUAUCAACCUCAGAGGUGGUGAGACUAUGCUAUACUCAGGACAAACAGAUAGACAUGAGUAUGGAGUAGCACUUAUUAUAUCAAAAGCAAACAGAAAAACACUCAUGGAAUGGCAACCUAUUAAUGAAAGAAUAAUAACAGCUCGAUUUUUUUAA